AUGGUCGACCACCGCCGGAACAUGGUUAAGGUCAAGGGCCUCAAUCUUCGCAAGGUGCUCGACGACGAGGGGUGUCUUCGCUGCACAGGUGACGGUACGUGUAGGAUGGGGCAUUUGUUAAGGAGCCCCAAGUUCAUCGAGAAAAAGAUUCACUACUCCAACUGCGCUUUGAUCGAUCCUGCAGCGGGCAGGCCUACAAGAGUCGGGUUGACCUUCACAGAAGAUGGUGAUGCCAUCCGAAUCUCCCAUUUGACUGGCCACAUCAUCCCUUGGCCGGAUUUGCCAAAGCACAUGCAAAAGCGGGACGAGGACCAAGUGGAGGGUCCCAAAGACACUCCUCCAGAAGUGGCCCUUCGAAAGACGUAUGACUACCAUGCCGACAAGGAAGCUUUGCGUUUGGCACGUUUGGCCAUGACGAAGUACAACUACAACAGAUGA